AUCUCGAUAAUGCUGGCGACAAUCUCUAGUUAAUGGUUUUAUGUUGGUUUUUGUAACAAGAAAUUGGUCCGUGUUAAAGGAUUUUCCCAUUUUUAUCCAUGUCCAUUUGCCGGCUUCAUCCUUCGAUUGGUAAGGCAAAAACAAACCAUAACACUCACACCCGUUGUCACAAGUUACAACACAACAACCCCGAUAGAAACACCCACAAGAGAAGCGAUCCGUGAGCCACCGUGCUUGGCGGUAGUGUGGUGAAGAAGGUAGUGAUAAGGGAACGGGCGAACCAAAGCGAUCGGCCUAGCACCAAGACGUCCAUCCAAUCGACCAAGUUCAGUCAGUCUGGUUAUGUUGUUCAUCGCGCUCGGAUUGUCGGUCUUCAGCACAGCGUAGUUGAAUCGCGGAAUCGAGAAGAGAAGAAAAAGUCCUUAUCAGUAGUUAAUAAUAAUAAUUGUUGCCUAUUCCUGUGCCUUCGUUGUUGGCCGUAAAUAUUCCACGGAGAAUGUAAUCUAAUCUUCGUCAGCAACGACUUUUCGUUUGAGAGCUGAAUCUUAUCGUACCUCUACCGUGUGUAGUUCAAUCUGAGUGAUAUUGUGCCGCUGAUAUUUUCGUGUGGUGAAAUAAUUUUCCUAACAUCCUCUGAGGUUGGAUGUUCGUGGAAUAGAUCUCCGGAACGAGCACUGAGAAGACUGACCAGCGGAUAAAGAUAGACAUUUCAUGCGUCUGUGUUCCCGAUGUUUAAAGCAACUCACUUAGGACGAACAUUCGCAGGUUGCAAAAAUGUACUCCAAGGUGUCAUAACAUUGCGCACGUUCGGAACGAACCCAAAGGCAAAGCUACGAAAAGUGCUGGUCGUUUCCAAACUAACGCGGCUAGAAUUCGAGAAAACGCGCGACCAAGCCCUCAGCGAUGAAAGGUUGGAGCACAAAAUUCGCAAUCGUGGUUCCGACUACGAUGCGAUGAAAUACUACCACCACCUGCACAAGGAUGUGGAGGCCGAGGUUGUGAAAUCGUUCCGAGAGCAAGGAAUUGAAGUGAAGGUGGUCAAUCGGCUAACGAUCAACAAGCAUUUGUUGCGAUGGGCCGAUAUGCUGGUACCGGUUGGGGGCGAUGGGACGUUCCUGUUGGCAGCCGGACGAGCAAGUCCGUUCAUAUUGAACGGACCGAACAAGAUGCCCGUGGUGGGAUUCAAUUCCGAUCCCAGGAGAUCUGAGGGAAGGCUUAUGCUGCCCAAGCACUAUUCCAGCAAUGUCGAGGAGGCGGUCAAACGAAUCAUAGCCGGCGAAUUCAAUUGGAUGCACCGAUCGCGAAUCAGAAUCACUCUGAUAGGAGCAACGACGACGGAACGGCCACCACCGAUCGAUCUACACGAAUACAAUGUAGCACAAGUUGAACACAAGGAAGUGACCAAUGGUUCCGAGGAAGGCAGCAACAAUAGAAUUCUACCGUAUUUAGCGUUGAACGAGGUCUUCAUCGGGGAAAUGCUAUCGGCGCGGGUGUCCCAUCUGCACCUGCGGAUCGACAAAUCGGACGUGGUUACGAAAACCAAGAGUUCCGGGUUGUGCGUCAGUACAGGCACCGGAUCCACAUCGUGGCUGACGAGUAUGAACCGCCUUUCGACGAACAACGUAAAGGACCUCAUCGAAAUCAUCAAACGACGAUCGCAGUCGAGUUCCCUGAACGGAAUCGACCCGGCAGCGGUGUCCGAGGAGUACAAUCAGAAUCUGGUCUACCCACCGGACGACCCACGGCUGUGCUACUCGAUUCGGGAGCAGAUCUGUGUUGGGGUUUGGCCCAAUCCCAAAGGACUGGAAUCGAGGGGUUUCGCCAAGCAGAUUACGGUUAAGUCUAGGUGCAUUGAUGCAAGCUUAGUGAUAGAUGGCAGUAUUGCGUACAAUUUUAACGACGGAGCAAAGGCGCUACUCGAGGUUCACCCGGAAGACGCACUGCUGACCAUUGACAUGAAGUGAAAUUAUGAUACAUCAAUUUUUUUUUAGAGUAUGACUUUAGAAAGUGCAACUAUUAGGCUGGUGAGGUAUACAACAGAUGCAAUUCAUGUUUUUAGUCGGCUUUUGGUAUUUGAAAGUCAAAAACAAAAAAAGUUUUCAUUCUGAUAUCCUUCUCGUUAUCAUUAUUAUCAUCAUGUUUUAAGUUAUUGUUAGCGUAAUUUACAGUGAAAGAUCAUGCAUUUAUUUAUCACCCAAACAAACGAAAGUGCUGAAAAUAAACACCAUUGAUUGUGA